AUGAUGAUGUUCUGUCUAGCUCAUUUUCAAAUGUUGAUGACACCGACGAAGACUGAUUGGCAAAGUAAUUAAGAUGAUAAUGAAGCUGAGAAUAAUGUGAUUAAUUCUGACGACGACGAUGUCGAAAAUGAGUAGAAUGAUAAUUUUGAUGUACCAAACAUAAAUUCAAAUAUCGUUUUUAAUCCACGUGAUAAUUGUACCGAUUUAUAAAUACAGAUAUUAUAGAUACAAUGAGUUCACUUAGACCCUUUGAUUUUUCACUUUGUUUUUUGACGAUGAAGUCGUAAACCUUUUAUUAGUAGAAACAAAUAGAUAUGCUCAAGAUAAAUUAAACGGGCCGGAUAAAGGCACUAAUUCAAGAAUAAAUAAAUGGACUAAUAUGGAUAAAGAUGAACUUCAUGUAUUUGUGGGAAUAGUUAUGUAGAUGGUCUUAGAAAAAUGUCGAGUAUUUCUCAUUAUUGGAAAAAUACUAUUUUGUACAGAAGUGACAGUACCUUUGUACAUGUCUAGAAAUUGAUUUAAAUUAAUAUUAUCUGUAAUCCAUGUAUCUGACAAUAACAUUGCUCUUUUAAAUAACCGCCUUCACAAAAUUCAACCAUUGGUUGAUAUACUGGUAGUUAAGUUCAAUAACGUUCUAAUUUCGGGAAAAAAACGUUUGCAUCGAUGAAACAAUGGUCCCGUUUAGAAGUCAUCUUCAUUUCCGCCAAUAUAUUGUCAACAAAAAACAUCGUUAUGAGAUCAAGAUUUUCAAAUUGUGUUGUCAUGAUUUUUAUACAUUAUAGUAUAAAAUAUAUGCAGGGAAAGAAGCUGAUAUUGGACAAUCAGUAUCUAAUAAAGUUGUAUUGGAACUUGUGGAACCUUACUUAGAUGAGGGAAGAUGUCUUUUCGUAGAUUACUGGUAUAAAAGUAUAGAUCUGGCUGAAAAACUUCUUGAUAGGAACACUCACGAUGUUGAAACAUUAAGAGCUAACCGGAAAAGAAACCUGGAAGAAGUUACAAAUAAAAAUUAG